AUGACUCGGAACACCAACAAAAACAAAGACCGUAAGCAGAUCCAGCUUGCCGACCCUAUGCCUGUCAAAGUCGAGGACCAGCCACGCCGUACCACCGGAUUGUCCCCCAGCCCCGUUGCGAUCAAGAAUGAGUGUAAACUCCACGAUGUCGCUCAAUCCAAGGCGGACGAAAAGGACAUCAAGAUGGAGUGUCAACAAGACAUCAAGAUGGAAGACCAACAACACAUCAAGCAAGAGAACAGGCAAUACAUCAAACACGAGGAUGGGCAACGCAUCAAACAGGAGUAUGGACUUCGCAUUAAACAGGAGUAUGGACAACACAUCAAAGAGGAGUAUGGGUGGUGCAUCAAACAGGAGGAUGGGCGAUACAUCAAGACGGAUGUUCAACGGCGCCACACUACAUCUUCAAGCGCCUUUUACCCAUCAUCAUAUCAUGACCUCAUAAAAAAAGGGAAAGAGAUAAUCUAUACCCCUACAUCCACUAUCUGCCCCUCGCCCAACUCCAGCGCAUUCAAGAGGGAGUAUGGUUACCUUCCAGCUGGUUCAUCCAAAACCGAUCUUGCGAUGAAAGAAAACAGGUUGCAUCAUGGGUUCCCAUCUUAUACCUUCGACUCGAAUGACAUCGAUGUUGCCAUGAAGGAAAAUCGGCUCCAUCAUGGGUCUGCAUCAGAGAGAUUUGACUCGUAUGAUACCGAUCUCAUGAUGAAGGAGAACCAGUUGCAUCAUGAGCCUCAAACCCAGCCUACAAUUUUGCAACAGGCUCAUAUUCACCAGCCUCCCGUCUUGCCACGUGGGUGGAAACCUCCAGUAGAUCCAGAGCCGGACCAUGGAGCGACAUAUACUAUCCCAAAUUAUAAGGAUAUCCUGCUGUGGCCUGCCUCAUUAAAGCAUUAUAUCGCGCGCUCGUUCGAGGAUAUUCUACCUGAAGAAUGGGACGCCGUUUACAAAGAGCUCCACGCAAUCAUUUUCGAAGCUGUCAAAGAUGAUGUGUACCUAUGUGUUGAUUGGGACAAAAUGCCACUCCCCAAUGUGAUCCGGCACGAUAUUCGGAUUGCAGAACUUAGAAAGUUGAGAAAGGAAAUUGAAGUGCUCGAUGAGUUGCAAAGAAUUGAGGAUAAGGAAAGGGAAAGAGUUUGGGAAAACAGAAGAAUGGAAAGAGAGAAAAAGUAUACGCCAAAGGUAGAGAACCCCGGACCUAGCUCACCUCCUAACAUCACGGUAAAGCGUGAACAAGACUUUAAAUCAGGAUUGGAGAAAGAGCAGAAUGAUCUAAGUAGUCAUGGAGGUAGAAGGCAAGCACAAAGGAUGCAGCAAGCAGUCAAGGAUGAGGUUCCUGAUUCUGAUGAUGAUCAUCGCAGCGAGGCAUGUUUUAGGCUUUCUGACAAUUCAGAACUUGACUAUACACAUGAACCCCAUGGAAUGAACACAUCGGACCAUCCCGAACUUGCGGCGAUGAAUGGUUUACAUUUGAAAGCUACGACGCGCCAAAAUCAUGAUUACUCCCUUUGGGAUACAGAGCAACUCCACCCAAACGACUCGAUCUCUCAAGUUGGGGGUCAUAGCAGUCGCGAAGAUUUCUAUGAUACGGCAAGCACCCCCCGAGGCCGGAAAACAUUUACCUUCAACAAUAACGAACAAACUUCAGGCAUCAAGACUGCCUACCGGUUGGAAGAUAGCUCCGUAUCUUUAAUGGCCCUGGAUGAAGGCGCCACUGCCCGUUCAGCCCUCUCAAGUAACCACGAUUCCAACGGAGGUGUACCCAUUCAGCACAGUGAGAGGAACACCCAAGAGAACCGCAAGAGAUCUGAUGCAGGCCCUAGACAGAGAGGAGACCGCGUUCACUUUCAGCCGUAUGCGAGUCAGAACCGUGAUACCAUAUCUACGGGUUGCCCUUCAAAUGAAAGACCAAUUGCUCGAAUGAACUCACAUUCAGCUUCCAUUAAAAUUCAAGCAUCCAUCUGCACCCCAGGAUCCGUUCCUACUCAGGGCCAAGGAGGAAGUCUUGAACAAACGGGAGGUGAGAGUACUUACUCACAUUCAGGAAGUCAAAGCAAUAGUGCGUGGCAUUCCUAUACUGCCAGCGACGUUGCUCGAAGCGACGCAGCUACCACUCGCAGGCAGCCCGCCAGGACCCCAAUCACCAAGACGGAAACCACCGAUCUCACGGAGAACGAGUGGAACGACGCAUUUUGA